UGGUGAACUUGGCAACACUGCCUUCGUCCUUUUAGGUCCGCUGUCAGCAAACAUGGGUAUUACCCGGAACAACUUGCAUAAAAGGAGGAAGACAGGAGGAAAAAGGCCUGUCACCCGCAAGAAGAGGAAGUAUGAGCUGGGCCGCCCUGCCUCCAACACCAAGAUUGGUGCCAAGCGCAUCCAUGCGGUGCGCACGCGCGGAGGAAACGUGAAAUACCGCGCCCUCCGUCUGGAGUCUGGCAACUUCUCGUGGGGCUCUGAGAGCACCACCCGCAAGACGCGCAUCAUCGACUGCGUCUACAACUGCACCAACAACGAGCUGGUGCGCACGAAGACUCUGGUGAAGGGCACCAUCGUCAUGGUGGACGCCUCUCCGUUCCGCCAGUGGUACGAGUCCCACUACGCGCUGCCGCUCGGCCGCAAGAAGGGACAGAAGCUGACGCCGGAGGAAGACGCCGUGCUGAACCGCAAGCGGGCUGCCAAGACUGAGAAGAAGUACCAGGCGCGCCAGAAGACGGGCAAGGUGGAGCCGGCGCUGGAGGAGCAGUUCCACACCGGCCGGCUGUACGCGCGCAUCGCCAGCCGGCCCGGACAGUGCGGCCGCUGCGACGGCUACAUCCUCGAGGGACGCGAGCUCGAGUUCUACUCCAAGAAGAUCCGAGCCAGGAAGUGAUCAUCUGCCCACGACAAAAUAUAGAAAAAAAAAACAAA